UCAAAGGAUAAAUCAUAUGGGUGGCAGGAAGUCAUUUGUUAGGCUAAUGGAGGAAAAGCGGGAACAAGCUCCGAAUUAUGUUGCUUUUUACAAAGAGGUGCAUUGGUCUAGAAAAAAGGGGAGAUUUGUCACUGAAGCUGCUGAGCAAAAUUACAAUAUGAUGGUGGAGUUGUUGAAUGAGAUGCCACCAGAAGAUGCGGGGGAUGAUAAUGCAAAUGCAAAUGCAAAUGCUGUGUUCAAGGAGGUUUUGGGAUCUCGAUCGGGCUAUGUUAAAGGGUUAGGCCACUUAGUUAUACCUAAACCAUCUGAAUCAUUGUUGUCCAAUAGGGAGUUUAUACGACUUAGGGAGGAGAAUGAGAAGAACAAGGCUGAGGCGGAGGGCUUCAAGAGGAAACUUGAGUCGUUUAUGGUUGAUGUCUCAAAAAUGCAAGCUUGUUUUGAAGAAUUUGACAGGCUGAAUAGCCGUGUUACAGAAUUGGAGUCACAGAGGGAGUCUCAACGGGAGACUCCGGGAGAUGCAUAGCCUUCCUCCAAUAAUGGGGAUGUGGGGAGUUUUUUUGAUCAUGUUGAACUUUUUUGAAGUUGUUGGAGUAGAAGUAAAAUCUGGGUGCAUCCUUUUGUUUAAAAUUGAUAUUGGGUGUUUUGUGGGGACUUGGUUGGAAGUGGUGAAUUAUGCCA